GAAUUCUAACUAUUUAAAUCUUUAUAUAUGUUAUAUUGAAUGAGGUAAUAACUUGGUUGUUAGGUGGGAAUUUAUUCUCUACGUUAGUUAUAGUAUAUAUUAUAUAAAAAAUUUUGAAGAGUUUUUUGAUGAAAAGAAUGCAGAACAAAAACAUUCAUUGUAUUAUUGUAUAUCUAACAGUACAUCUAAGUGCCGUUAAUAAAUAAUAAUUUCUCAUAAUAUAGUUUCACUCUAAAUCACUAAAAAAAAUAAAUUAGUAACAUUAUAUUCCGCAGGAUGAUUUGUAUAUGGAUCGGAUUUCAUGCAUAAUAACUUAUUAGGAUUUUAAUGAGUUUGUUGUGUUUUGGUCUAUAUAUAUUUCGUUGGAUGAUAUAUGAUUUAGAUCGGAGAUAGUAUUGAUGAAGAUGAAGAUUCUGAUAAGGAAGAUCCUAAUGGCGACAAGUCUGAUGAGGAAGACUCUAAUAGUGACAAGUCUGAUGAAGAAGACUGUAAUGGCAACGAGUUUGAUGAUGAGAAGGGAUCUGACAGUAACAAAAGGUUUGAUGAUGAGAAGGAAUUUGGUAGUGAGGAGCUAUAUGCCAAAGACAUGGAACUUCCCUAUCAAUUAAAAAAAUUUUCCUUUGAGAUGUCAUUGAUGUGUUCAAAAAAUGUGGAUUGUAAUCUAUUUUCUGAAAAUGUUGUCCACAUUUUCCUGGGAAGGAAAGCUUUUGAUUAUGCUGGCAUCUUUCUCCCUCUAUCUUGGAGAAUUGAGCAUUGUUCACGGUCACAAAGGGUUGUCAGGCAAAUUGGCAAUUCUCAAGGGUCGUGAAAGUCAUCUUUUGCCAAUCGUUACACAUUUAAUCAAAUCAAUCUUACGUUUGACUGAGUAUAUUGUUGAGCUUGCACAAUCAUCUUCUCACUAUUCAUCAUCAAUCAUACCAAUUGGUUGCUAUUGGAUCGUCACAAGUAUCCUUACUUAUGCAUCCUAUUUCACUUCUGGCCUUAUGAGUAUGCAUUCAAGGUGUUUCGUGGGUAGCGAAACACAACUGUCCAGUUUAACCGUCAAAAUCAAAGGCGUAAUCUCCGAUUGUCGUCCAAUACUAGAGAAAAAGAGAGAAGUUGAUUCUUACAAUGCAUUAUGUCAUGCAUUCUUUGAUGAGAAUCCAAUCCCUUCUACUUCUUCUAAUUUGGAUGUUUUGAAGUUAGUAUUCAAUGUCAAGAAAGGUGGGAAACACAAACUCAUAUAUGAUGGUGCUCGCAAACAAAUGGUAGAAUUACAUGUUUUGAAGAAUAAGAGCUUGCUACUGUUAAUUUCACCAAGUCUUGACAUGCACCCGUACUUGAUUUCAUUACUUCAUUUCAUACAAAAGGAUGUUCAAUUGCAUGUACUUUGGAUUCCGAUAUUACUCUUCUACAUUAUGGGAUAUUAAACAUAUGAAAGAACAAUAUAAAAGUUUUGUAAAUGAAUCAGGACUACUCUCAGUGAGAAAUGUACAGAAAUCAGUAGCACCAAGAUUUGUACGGUUUGUUAAAGAGAACUUCUUUCCAGAUUUCCAAAUAGGAGGUGAGCCUAUAAUUGUUUCACCAGAUCAUAAUGGAAGGAUGGUUCACCGUAAUGCAAUGCACAUGGUAUUGAUGAGAGGUUUAGAUAUUUGUGUAAGGAUGUCUGAUGGAAUUAAGAUUGGAGAUAGCGUAAUUCCUUUAUUACAAAAAGUUUUGACGGAAAGAGUUUCGACGGUGAGGGAUUUGAUUCCAGACAUUGACAGGAAGAUAAGUGAAGUCGCUAAUAAAGUGGAUGGUAUAAUAAAUGAUUGGUUCCGUGACAUUGAAGAGCAAAUACAAAAUCCGGUUGAUAGUAACAUUUUCACAAGUAAGAAGGAAAAAGAUUUAUGGAAGAUAGACACUUGGUGCACUAAGCUUGUGGCAGAGUUGGGUUACAGAAUACCCAAGUGGGUUGAAAAGAACAGGUGCAUUUUUUUAAUUGGUGGGCAUGACAUACAAUAUGUUAAAACAUUUGAGUCCAAGGUAAUGUUACAAAAUCAGUUUAACCCACAAUCAAAGAUUAAGAUGUCCUACGUUGGUAGUAACAUGAAAGUAGCAUCAAUGAUUGCUGAAGACAAAGAUUGCAAAGUAAUAGGAGAUCCUGUUCCUUCAUGGUUUUUUUGGGCACGGCUUCAAAGCAUAUUCAUGUCAAGAAUUAAAUUUGUAGAAGAGACUCAUGGUGAUGAAGAGUGUGAUGAAAUUUUGAGAAGAGUGAAAAAGUUGUUAGCCUAUGAAGCUAACGAUUUAGUAGUUAAUGAUUGGGCUAUGCUAUGCAAAGGGAACAAGAUAGUUGUAUGUGACCAAGGAGAUAAAAUGUUGAAGGUCAUGAUUGAAUAUGAGAAAUGGAAGGAGAAUGCAACAGCUAAAGGCUUUGACCAAGCAUUCAAAGAUUAUCAUGAUGAGAUGCUUCAUUCUACCUUUACUUCACUACAUCAUCAUCAUCGAUGUGCUCUUAAAUAUCCAUGUAAUUUUGAGAGUGUCCCAGAGGAUGUAAAAUGCCUUGAAUGUUGUCACGGUAUGCAAAAAUUUGUCACUUUUAAGUGCUGCCACGGCAGUGCUUAUGAUGAUGAGGCGGGUCUCUAUUGUCAUGAUGAUGAGGAUUCUGAUUAAUUAGGAUGUACCUAGUUUGAUAUUGAUGACAUACACUUGAUGUAUUUGCAUAUGCAUAUGAAAGUUUGGUUUCUCAUUGUGUUAAA